AUGGCCAACCCCAAAGUUUUCUUUGACAUCACUAUUGGAGGCCAAGCAGCAGGCAGGAUUGUGAUGGAGGUGAGAAAAAAGUUUGACUUUUUCCUGAACAUCUGUUUCUUUAUCUCAAUACUGUCUUUUAUUUCAAAGUUUUCAAUGAGCUGCAGCGUUAUCUUUGACCUCACUGUGAGCGGUUUGCAUUAAGAUGAUGUCUUUGUUUUGCAGCUGCGACCUGAUGUGGUCCCAAAAACUUCAGGUGGGUGUUUUACAGCGGCACAGUAAAAACCACAGGUUUUUUUCCGCUAGGUGUAUGUCUGGUUGGUUUGCAAACCCUCUCUAAGUCUUUUAGUUGACUGUGGGGUGAGGCUGUAGGUGAGGCCAGAUUGAAAAGCUGCAGAACCAGUUGCAGAGCCAAGUGCAGCUGCCAUAGCUGCUUCCAUUAAGUUCAAGGAAAGGAGGAAGUGAAGGGAAUGGAAAUCUUUAAUUUUGCUGCAUAGGUCUGUGGAAAUUCAGGGCUGUUUGCAUCGUCCUGCAGCCUUUCCGAAAAUUCUAAGUGUUUGCCGGUCUGAUGAUGGUGUUAAACCAAGGACUACAGCUCUCUAAUACAGACACAAUCACUUGAUUUAUUCUUUUUUUUUUAAUACUUUGUUCAGUCUGUUUUUGGACGUUUUUCUGUGUUUUUCUUGAACAGAGAAUUUCCGUGCUCUCUGCACUGGGGAGAAAGGUUUUGGCUACAAAGGCUCUAUCUUUCACCGGAUCAUCCCACAAUUCAUGUGUCAGGUACAGUGAAGGAUUUAAGCAGGUCUGAUCGAAACAAAGCUUGAAAAUUCACUGAGUCGUCUGAGUUUUUUUCUGUUGUCCAGGGUGGAGACUUCACCAAACACAAUGGGACUGGAGGGAAAUCCAUCUAUGGCGAUAAGUUUGCUGACGAGAACUUCCAACUGAAGCACACUGGCAAGGGAAUACUGUCCAUGGCUAAUGCUGGACCCAACACCAACGGGUCCCAGUUCUUCAUCUGCACAGCUGAAACAGACUGGUAGGUUCCACUCUGACCCAUGUGCAGCUGUAUUCUGGUAGUUUUCCAACAGUUUGAGCUCAUUUCUUUCUUCUUCAGGCUGAACGGGAAGCAUGUGGUGUUUGGCAAAGUGGUGGAGGGGAUGGAUGUUGUCGAUAAAAUGGAGGAGGUGGGCAACGGGAAAGGUCAGACUUCUGCAAAGGUUGAGAUUGCUGACUGUGGUCAACUGUAA